CAUAAAUCCAUUUUUCUCUUCUAAAACCCUCCAUCAUAAAUAAUUGAAGGACCCAGCAAAAUAAGAGGAUAAAAAAAACGUGUUACCCAGAAAGAGAUAAUGGGUGGAAGAACCGUUGGGAGACCAAUAAACUCAGCUGCAAAUCCAGAGCCUUUCAUAUUUGCUCCACCAGAAUUUCCUUCCUCUAAUUCAUCAUCAUCUUCUUCUUCACCUGAUAUAUAUCAACCAUUCUUAACAAAUAUAACACAAAGACAUUCCCACAGUGAAAUAAAUGAUUCUGAGAGUGAAAGAUCAAAUGGGUCUUCUUCUAUUGAUUCUGUUUUUGGGUCAGUUCCGACCCGACUCGAGGCUGAAUAUGCAAUUACAGCUUUCCAAAGUUUCAUGAUGCAAGGACUUUCCUCUUCGAUGUCGAUAAUAGAUCUUAUUCAGCCUAUAUUGAACCAGCAUGACUCAAGAACACUACACUCUACUGGAUUUCAAAGGGUUUGUGAAGCUUUUCGUUUACUACAGACUGUACCAUCUAUUCAAAGAAUGGUGGUAUCUAUAUCAUCUGAUAAAGCUGUCUGGGAUGCUGUGAUGACGAAUCACGAAGUUCAGAACUUCCGACAGUCACUCAAUCAAGCUGAAGCAAGAAGAAAUCAGAAUCGAAGUGAUGAGGAACCCGACUUGUUUUCAGUGAUUUUGAAGUGGGUUUUAGACAAGAUGAAGCUGAAAGUUUUGGAAUUAAUUGAGACUUUAAAAUCUGUAGUGAGCAAGAGCUUUGAGUCCCCUCCAAAUGACAAGAAGAACACAGAAUUGAGGCAUGGGUUUGAAGAGAUGAUUGUAUCAACUGUGCUUCUUUCUACCAUCACUCUUAUGAUUGUGCUUGUGACUCGUGCUUAUGGAGCGUAAUUGCCAUUAGCCCUCAUUGCUUCGAGACGAUUACAUUCAUACAUCAAUACAUGUUUGUAUAGUCGUCAAUUGAUUUUCAACUGGUGUAGUGUAAAUCUUUUCCCAGUCGAACCUCUUGAAACAUGGUUUGUGAUGUUCUUGGCUCUUCACCCACCCGGAAAAUUGUUCUUUCAAUUGCCUAACAUGCCGCAUAUAUGUUGCAUAAGAUUUCUGGCAAAACUUUUGCAUCAAAUCCUCUUCCUGAAGGAUAUUUUCGAGGCGAUCAACUCUAUGCGAUUGUACCAUAAUAAAUCUAAAAAAUAUAAGUAUAUGGUCGAUCAAGUUUGACUUGAAUUGAUCCACUUUUUUAGGUCAGUUUUAAACAUGCGCAAGAUAUAUAAUUGUAAUAGAUUAUGUUAUUUUACUUUAUUAUUUUUCAGAAUCAAAUUUUUUUGAAUAAUGCAAAAUAUACAUGUUUUUAAUAAUUAUUGUGCCUAUUUAGUCCAUCUGUACCACUUUCAGCCAAUACAAGCUAAGGUCCAGUCUUACUUUACGCAAAA